UAUCUACAAAUAGAACCUAAGCCUUUCUCAUUCCAAAAACAAACACUUCAUUUAUUACUAAGUUUUCUUGAUCAACCGUAAAAUGGAGAGAAUAAGAGAUCUGUCGUCGAAGACAGCAGCAGUAAUAUUCACUAAGAGCUCUUGCUGUAUGUGCCAUAGCAUCAAGACGUUAUUCUACGAACUAGGAGCUAGUCCAGCGAUUCACGAGCUCGAUAAGGACUCCGAAGGCCGUGAAAUGGAGCGGGCCCUGCGUGCGCUCGGCUCAUCAAACCCAGCAGUUCCAGCUGUUUUUGUCGGAGGAAGGUAUAUCGGAUCAGCCAAAGACAUCAUCUCGUUCCACGUCGACGGGUCGCUCAAACAAAUGCUUAAAGACGCAAAGGCCAUAUGGCUAUAGCGUUCUAACAGUUACAUAUAAUCGGGAGGAAGCAUAGAUGUAUUAAAAUGCUGGGCUUCCUUCGCAUGGAGGUGAUUUAUAAUAAGUUAUAUACAUUUAUAGAUGUAUAUAUGCAUCUUGACUUGCAUUGUACGGAGGAAAAGACAAGUGUACGUUUAAGCAACUGUUGUAACACUGGUGUUAAAGUUCCACGAAGUAAAGAUAAACAAAAAUGUAAAAUCAUAUGAUUAAAUGCGUCAUUUUGUUGAAAUGC